UCAAGAGAGGCCGCCGGAGGGCGCGAGAGUCCGCGCGGCGAAGGGCGGCUAGCUCGCCUGGCGCGCGGUGGUGACCUCUUAGGGAGGAAGAGAAGGACCGCACCGUCCGGGUUCGAUGGCAACCCUGGCAUAUCACGCCGGGUCCCUCUUAAGGUUCUUUCGUUGGCUUACAAAAAGGAGAUUAGAAGACUUGCUUUCUCAAUCUUCCCACAUCUAAAGAUGCUGAAAAAUGUGACAUUGACCUCAAUAUCAGAGGAUUCUCUGACUCAGAUAAAGGGAAGUUUCUGGGCAAAACUGGUGUAAACCUGAGGCAGAAGUAUUCAACAGAGGUCAGCAGGGAGCCUCGAGUAAAUCCCACUCCAACAAGUCAUUUCCUUCGGGAAGAAGCCUGCAGUCAGGACAGCUGCUCAGGAAGCAAUCCUGCACGCGUCUGGAAAUGGCAAACCUUUACCAUCUAAGGACUACUGCAUGCUAUAUAACCCUCAUUGGACAGCUCUUCCAAAUACCCUAGAAAAUGCAACUUCCAUCAGUUUGAUGAAUCUGACUACCACACCACUAUGCAACCUUUCUGAUAUUCCACCUGAUGGAAUAAAGAACAAAGCAGUUGUAGUACAGUGGGGGACCUGCCAUAUUCUUGAAAAAGCCAGAAUUGCACAAAAAGGAGGUGCUGAAGCAUUGUUGGUUGCCAAUAACAGUGUCCUAUUUCCUCCCUCAGGAAACAAAUCUGAAUUUUAUGAUGUGAAAAUACUGAUUGCAUUUAUAAGCCGCAAAGACUUUAUAGAUAUGAAGCAGACUCUUGGAGAUAACAUUACUGUGAAAAUGUAUUCUCCAUCGUGGCCUAACUUUGACUAUACUAUGGUGGUUAUUUUUGUAAUUGCUGUGUUCACUGUGGCAUUAGGAGGAUACUGGAGUGGACUAAUUGAAUUGGAGAGCAUGAAGGCAGUGACAAACACUGAAGACAGAGAAAUGAGGAGAAAGAAGGAAGAAUAUUUAACUUUUAGUCCUCUAACAGUUGUAAUAUUUGUGGUCGUGUGCUGUGUUAUGAUGGUCUUACUUUAUUUCUUCUACAAAUGGUUGGUUUAUGUUAUGAUAGCAAUUUUCUGCAUAGCAUCAGCAAUGAGUCUGUACAACUGUCUUGCUGCACUCAUUCAUAAGAUACCAUGUGGACGAUGCACGAUUAUGUUUCGUGGCAAAAGCAUUGAAGUGAGACUUAUUUUUCUCUCUGGACUGUGCAUAGCAGUAGCUGUUGUUUGGGCCGUAUUUAGAAAUGAGGAUAGGUGGGCUUGGAUUUUACAGGAUAUCUUGGGGAUUGCUUUCUGUCUGAAUUUAAUUAAAACACUGAAGUUACCCAACUUCAAGUCAUGUGUGAUACUUUUAGGCCUUCUCCUCCUCUAUGAUGUGUUUUUUGUUUUCAUAACACCAUUCAUCACAAAGAAUGGCGAGAGUAUCAUGGUUGAACUUGCAGCUGGACCUUUUGGAAAUAAUGAAAAGAAUGAUGGAAACUUGGUGGAAGCCACUGCUCAACCCUCAGCUCCCCAUGAGAAAUUACCAGUAGUCAUCAGGGUACCAAAGCUGGCCUAUUUCUCAGUAAUGAGUGUGUGCCUCAUGCCAGUUUCAAUACUGGGUUUUGGAGACAUUAUUGUACCAGGCCUCUUGGUUGCAUACUGUAGAAGAUUUGAUGUUCAGACUGGUUCUUCCUCUAUAUACUAUGUUUCCUCCACAAUUGCCUACGCUGUUGGCAUGAUACUCACAUUUGUUGUUCUGGUGCUGAUGAAGAAGGGGCAGCCUGCUCUCCUCUAUUUAGUUCCUUGCACGCUUGUUACUGCCUCAAUUGUUGCUUGGAGACGUAAGGAAAUGAAAAAGUUCUGGAAAGGUAGCGGCUAUCAGGUGAUGGACCAUCUGGACUACGCAACAAAUGAAGAAAACCCUGUGACUGCUGGUGAACAGAUUGUCCAACAAUAAUGUGUAGACCUGCAAUAAUGUGUCAGUUGAUUUUCUACAAAUAGAGUUUGACUUUUUAAAUUGACUUUUGAAUUGACAAUCUUAACGAAUCUUCAGUGAUAUGCUUGCAAAUACAUAUUUUUAAGAGCUGGUACUGACACUUACAUCAAAUAGUUGAAACACAUUUGCUUUUAACUGUUAAAGUUGUGCCUUCACAUUAAAUAAAGCAUAUGGUCUGUGUAA